AUCCCAUGAAAAAUGUUAUAUUGAGAUCUCAAUUAAAAUACUCUUUUUUAUGUAAUUAUUCUUUAACUGACGGAAUUGAAAGAGGACUGAGUUCCACAACAAUAACUGCUUCCUUACCCCUCCCUACAGAAUGGCUUUGCACAGGCAGAAAAUUAUGGCGCAAAAUUUAGUCGACGAGUUUGAAGUUCUUAACAUAAAAGCUCUGGAAGACAACGAUUAUUCUCGAUGGAUGGAAAAUUUGCCAAAUGAAAAGCAACUAAGUCCACUGAAAGAUUUAGUGAUCCCAGGAUCUCAUGAUUCGGGAACGUUUUUUCUGGAUCAAAACAUGGAGAUUGGUCCCGAUGAAUCAUCUGCCAUUCACACGCUCGGGAGUAUUUUUGGGAAAGUAGCAAAGUCUGUGAUCCACAGUUGGUCCGUCACACAGUCAAUGACAAUUUACGAGCAGCUACUGUCGGGCAUUCGCUAUCUGGAUCUCCGUGUCGCGUACAGAGCCGAAGAUAAAAAGAUACAUGUUGUACACGGUUUGUUUGGUUGGACGAUUGAUCAAGUCUUGGACGAAGUGAACCGAUUUGUGGCGAAUUAUCCGAAAGAAAUUGUCAUUUUAGACUUCAAUCAUUUCUACAAAAUGGAUCAAGCUGCUCAUGAAACACUCGCAGAUACUCUGCUUGCUUCGUUCAGCGAGAUUUUCCGCGCUCCUGGCGCAGAUGGCCCGAAUGUCACCCUUCAAGAGAUGUGGGGAAACGAAGAGAAGGUCAUCAUUAUUUAUCACGACUAUGAUGUGGUCGAUACUUACCCCUGUUUCUGGCCACCCCAUCUAAUCUGCUCCCCGUGGCCGAACACAGCGGAUAAGAAACUGCUGUUGGAAUUCCUCAACAAACAGUCAGAAGCGUCCAGUUUUUCGGAAGAUGCUUUACAAGUAACACAAGCUAUCCUCACGCCACAAACUUCAACUGUGUUUCAAAACAUGACAAGCACUUUAAAAGAUGUUUUGGCUUCGAGAUGCAACUGCUAUGUGACCGGGUGGCUGAAGGCCCUUUGUGGCACCAAGUGUCACAAGUUUAAUAUUAUCAUCGCUGACUUCGUUGAAUUUGGCGAUUUUAUCCCAACUGUUAUCAGCCUGAAUUAUUUUUUCUGACCUGCUAAUAUAUUGACAGACUAUAUAAAAGUGAAGCCUAAAUUUUUGUUACUAAAGACAAGGCUGUUGAAAAGGGCUAUCUGAAAAAAGUGAUUUGUGUGGAUAUCAACCAUCCUUAAUUUCAGCUGUGCCCCUAACUUUCUUGAUGUCCUGCAAUGAGUCAGCAAAUUAAAUGGCUGUCUGAUGUUUUGCUCACACCAGGUUUGGGCAUGAGUUUCAGGCCUUUGGACUAAAAACAUUGAUCAAAGUGCAGCUUAUGCCUGAUGCCUUACCAUAAACCUUGCUUUGUUACAGCUUUGCGAGAAACACUCUUUAAAAGUAUAAGAAACAAGCUAGAACUAAUCUGAGUAAAAUUGAUUCUGUAAAUAAGUGCAAUUUGCCCAAAAUCUCAGUGUUUCAAGGAAAGUUUAUAGGAGAGGAGAUUGUGUUAGAGCUUAUCAAGAUGUGUUGGUAAGGAAUGAUUAUUUCCUCUCCAAAAAAAAAAAUGUCAUUGUCUGGUAAAAAAGAUGACAGCUACUAUGAACUUGCUCUUGACCUCUUGGUAAAGCCAAGGAAGGUCUGUAGGGCAUCUAUCUGUAAUAAACAGACA